AUGCAUGAGAAGGAUAAAAAUCUCAGCCAGGUGCAACAGAUCGCCUCCCCGCCAUCGGUGCCAUCAGCGGAUUUGAAAUCGGACAGUUCAGCACCAUCGUACCGUUUCGAUGAGGAAAUCGGUAACUCUGCCUCGUCGAAAGAAGAAGAUCUCAGCAACAUCGAUGACGAUGGGAGAGAGCCCACAGCUGAGGAGAGCAAGUUGCUCCGCCAUGUACCGGCUAGGAUCCCAUAUAUCGCAUGGCUAGUUGCCAUUGUCGAAUUAGCCGAAAGAUUUUCAUACUAUGGCUUGAGUGCGCCAUUCCAAAACUAUAUGCAAAAUGGACCUCACGAUAAACCAGCUGGAAUGUUGGAUUUGAAUCAAAGUGGAGCUACCGCCAUCAGCUAUGUAUUCCAGUUCUGGUGCUAUUUGAGUCCCUUGAUUGGCGGGUACGUCGCUGAUACCUUCUGGGGCAAAUACAAUACAAUCUUGGUGGCGUGUGUUAUAUAUAUCGUGGGCGAACUCAUCUUGUUCAUCACGAGUAUACCUUCCAUCACCAACAAACUGGUUGGCACGGGUGGCUUUGCCGCUGCGAUUGCCAUUAUUGGUUUGGCUACUGGUAUGGUCAAGUCGAACGUUGCCCCCUUGAUUGCUGACCAGAUACCCAAGACUAGACCCACUAUCAAGAUCUUGAAAAGUGGUGAGCGGGUUAUUGUUGAUCCAAGUCUCACCAUCCAGAGGAUCUACGCCACCUUUUAUAUGAUGAUUAACAUUGGAUCGCUUUCGGUUAUCGCCACUACGGAGUUGGAGGCCCAUGUUGGAUUCUGGGCCGCUUAUUUGUUGCCCUUUUGUUUCUUCUUUGUUGGAUUAUUUGCCUUGAUUAUCGGCAAAAAACAUUACGUCAAGGUGCCUAUCGGUGACAAGAUUAUCAAUAAAGCGGUAAAGUGUAUUUGGAUUGCCGUGACCAGUGGAUUCAGUUUCAGCAAGGCCAAGCCAUCUUUGAACCUCGAGAAGCAAUUCACUUGGAACGACCAGUUUGUCGAGGAGGUCAAGCGGGCCCUUUACGCGUGUAAAGUGUUUGCAUUUUACCCCAUCUAUUGGUUAGUUUACGGCCAAAUGGUGAACAAUUUCGUCUCGCAGGCGGCAUCGAUGAGAUCGCACGGUUUGCCAAAUGAUUUCCUACAGGUUUUCGACUCGAUCGCGGUGAUUGUGUUUGUGCCCAUCAUGGAGAAGCUCGUUUACCCAUUCGUGAGAAGAUGGACUCCGCUUCGACCCAUCACCAGGAUCUAUUUUGGAUUUAUGUUUGCUACGGGAUCCAUGGUUUAUGCCGCGGUGUUGCAACACUACAUUUACAAGGCUGGCCCAUGUUACGAUGACCCACGCUCAUGUCCCGAGGGAAACAAUGUCCAUAUCGCAUUGCAGACUCCGGCAUACUGGCUCAUUGCCAUGAGUGAGAUUAUGGCUUCAAUCACCGGAUUAGAAUAUGCUUACACCAAGGCGCCCUUGUCGAUGAAAUCAUUCGUUUCAGCGCUCUUUUUGGUUACCAAUGCCAUUGGUGCUGCUCUCGGUAUUGCAUUGUCCCCCGUGAGUAAAGAUCCCAAGAUGGUGUGGCAGUACACGGGAUUAGCGGUUUCUUGCUUCAUUGCGGGUACGUUGUUUUGGUUCAUUUACCGCUCGUAUAAUGCCCGCGAAGAAUCGUGGAAUGACUUGGAGUUUAAUGAGGUUGAUGAUAUGCUUUUGAGUCCUGUUGGUUCAAUUUGCUCUGCUACUAAGAAGGCGAAUUGA